AUGGCUAAUCUUUUCAGUCGCCUAAUCUCUCUCUCUCUCUCUCUCUCUCUCUCUCUCUCUAUCUGUCUAUCUAUCUAUCUAUCUAUCUAUCUAUCUAUCUAUCUAUCUAGUAUAUUAUUAUCUAUUUAUCUCUGCAUAUUCAUUUUCUAUCUAUCUAUCUAUCUAUCUAUCUAUCUAUCUAUCUAUCUAUCUAUCUCAUAUAUUCAUUAUCUAUUUAUCUCUGAAAAUUCAUUUUCUAUCUAUCUAUCUAUCUAUCUAUCUAUCUAUCUAUCUAUCUAUCUCAGUAUAUUCAUUAUCUAUUUAUCUCUGCAAAUUCAUUUUCUAUCUAUCUAUCUAUCUAUCUCAGUAUAUUCAUUAUCUAUUUAUCUCUCAUAUUCUAUCUAUCUAUCUAUCUAUCUAUCUCAGUAUAUUCAUUAUCUAUUUAUCUCUGCAUAUUCAUCUAUCUAUCUAUCUAUCUAUCUAUCUAUCUAUCUAUCUCAGUAUAUUCAUUAUCUAUUUAUCUCUGCAUAUUCAUUUUCUAUCUAUCUAUCUAUAUAUCUAUCUAUCUAUCUAUCUAUCUAUCUAUCUAUCUAUCUCAGUAUAUUCAUUAUCUAUUUAUCUCUGCAUAUUCAUUUUCUAUCUAUCUAUCUAUCUAUCUCUAUUAUCUAUUUAUCUCUCAUAUUCUAUCUAUAUCUAUCUAUCUAUCUAUCUCAGUAUAUUCAUUAUCUAUUUAUCUCUGCAUAUUCAUUUUCUAUCUAUCUAUCUAUCUAUCUAUAUAUUCAUCUAUUUAUCUUUUGCAUAUUCAGUAUAUUCAUUAUCUAUCUAUUCAUCUAUCUAUCUCAGUAUAUUCAUUAUCUUUUAUCUCUAUCUAUCUAUCUAUCUAUCUAUCUAUCUAUCUCAGUAUAUUCAUUAUCUAUUUAUCUCUCAUAUUCAUUAUCUAUCUAUCUAUCUAUCUAUCUAUCUAUCUAUCAGUAUAUUCAUUAUCUAUUUAUCUCUGCAUAUCUAUCUAUCUAUAUCUAUCUAUCUAUCUAUCUAUCUAUCUAUCUCAGUAUAUUCAUUAUCUAUUUAUCUCUGCAUAUUCAUUUUCUAUCUAUCUAUCUAUCUAUAUAUUCUUAUCUAUUUAUCUCUGCAUAUUCAUUUUCAUAUUCAUCUAUCUAUCUAUCUAUCUAUCUAUCUGUCUCUGCAUAUUCAUUUUCUAUCUAUCUAUCUAUCUCAGUAUAUUCAUUAUCUAUUUAUCUCUGCAUAUUUAUUUUCUGUCUAUCUAUCUAUCUAUCUAUCUCUAAUUAUCUGGUAAAGAAAUUGAAGUAA